UGGUUGUAACGUUAGGUUAACCGAAGUGAAGAACAGCGCCUGCGUUCAUGAAAUCAUUUUGAGUGCAAUUUUAUGUUGUGACAUAUGUCGUCUUUAGUGAAAAAAAUACUAUUCUGAAUGAAUACUUAUUUUUGCGAAACUGAGUGACGUUCUCGCCUCUAAAUAGGACCAAAACGAAAACGCGUCCUGUUUGGUUUGUUGCCCUCCCUCUCAGUUGAAUGAAAGAGAUGAGCAUCUCUAGGCAGAGAGCCACCGAUCUUGUGACUGCCUAUGGUCACAGUUUGGAGCAGCAGAUCGUGGGACAAGGAUCUAGCCUGGCGUGUAGAGAUGAGGAGCUGUGGAAUCAGGUGGAGGAGCUGCUGAGGGACGAGGAUGCUCAGGAGACACACUGUCUGGGUCUGGAUCCACUGAGGGUGAUGGAGGAGUCGCUCAAAGAAGCAGCAGCAACAAGAACAGCCUGUGCUGGUCGAGUCAAGGCCGGAGGAGGGCUUCAAGGCCUGGCUAAAGCCUUUGAGGUUGUUGAGCAAGCGGCCUUGAACCUCUAUCUUGGUCCUUGGAGGGAGGAGUACAAGGUUGUCAAGAUGUACUCCGGGACAUUCACCCACUAUAUCAAACCAGUGCUGUCGAUGCCACAGAUUGAGAAACUGUUUGGCCUGCUAGGAUACCAGUCCAGCUCGUCUCGGCACGAGGAACUUCGCUUCCAGUCAACAAGAGUCAGUUCUGCCUCUCUUGACGACCUCCUCCGCCUGUCAUGCGCCUUCUUUCUGGCCCGCUGUGAGUGUCACCUCCUUCUAACAGCUCUCGGGAAGCAUGCUGGUGAGGCCCAGUGGGAGCUGAGUGUGGUGAAGGAGAGGCAGAGAGGAAAUAGCGUUCAGGCUGCCCUAGACAGCACCAAGAAGAAGCUGGAAGUCAACCGGCCACCAUUUGAUGGAGAUGUGGACAUGGAUCUGUACACAGAUGAGGAGGUUAAAGGUGGACAGAGCGGGAUGGUUAUCAGUGAUGACAAGAGUCCCCACCGUUUAUCCUGGGUAAUUCAAAGCAGUGUACCACCCCUUGCUGUCAAAACACAAAGCAACGGAGUGACUUCCUUGUCCUCCUCAUGCGCCUCUCCGCCUCUCAGAGAGAAUGUCCGCAUCUCUACACUCAAAUGUCAGCUGACCGACACAUCACCACAGGAGUCAGACACUGCCAGAAGCUCCUCAGCCAGCAUGAAACAAGUCAGACGUGCCUGUGAGGAGCAGACGCUUUACAAGGUGGGCUCACAAUCACACAGUCUGCAGGAAGAAGAAAUGGGGCUUUACAAGUGCUUCACGGAAGUUAACCGCUAUUGCAGCUGUCUCCAAGCUUCUCCUAUUUGUCUUCAACACUGUACUGAAUGCAACACUGUUCACAGUAUCACCUGUGCCUUGCUUCAGCAUUGCUACCAGAAGAAUCAUGAUGUGGUAACCCCUGAAAGUACUAAAGAAGAAGCAAAAGAAUCGAGAGAAGGGUCACCACAGGGUGGUAUGAUUACAUCAGCAACUCUCACCAGCAGCAGUGCAGCAAUGUCCUCCUUAGCUUCCUAUAUUACAUCUGUUGAUCCAAUCGCUUACCAUGAGUGUUGCGACCUCGCCCAGCUGGACCCUCAGCUCCUGUGUUUCAGCUGCAGUGUCUUCCACUCCGGUUCCUGCAAAAGGAUAGACGUCUGCCAAAGUCAACACAACAUCAAGCCAUUGGGAGUGUGCUCCUGUGGCAAAAUGUGUUCGAGAAAGCCUCUGGUUUUGUGCAGAUAUUGUGGAAAUGAGUUUUGUACGGAUUGCUGGUAUAGAAGUCCUGUUGUAUGUUCUUGUGGCCAAACGUUUGACCAGUCAUCCCCUGUGUGAUUUACAUUGGAAAAGCAUUGCACUUAUGAGGCACAACUAAGAAAAUCACUGUGCCUUAAAUCUGCAUUUUAAAUCAGAAAUUCGAAUGUUGCCUUGAUAUAGUAAUACAUUUUUUCUAUUCUGGUCCUCUUUGUGAGACUUCUGUUACUGCAUUAUUCUGUCGUGGCCAUAUUUACCAUUAUCAAUAUUUUGAUAUAUUGUGUAUUGUUAAGACUUGAAUUUGUGCCCUUUUGUCACUUACAUGUAAUUUAAUGUGAAGCACAAGCAAAGUCUGUUUUCAUCUGUAUUUGUUGUCUGCACACAGAGCUGGAGUAAAAAGGAUCAAUAUGC